AUGGUCUCGUCCCAUAAACCCCGCAACCCGAACAAGGCCCCCCCGCUUUCCGCUCCCUCUUCCGGCUGCGUCAAGAAGUGGUCGAUCAGAGGUCUCAUCUUGGCUGCCCUCGUCGCUCUUUACACUUUUGCCAACACCAUCAACCACCACUUCUACAUCCUCGACCCCGCCUCCCUCAACACCACCGUCCAAGAAUCCCUCGCCCGCGCUAGAUCCCUCUCCCCCGGCGCCAGCCCCAAUGCGACGCUGGUAGUGGAUAUACUGGUAAAGAAGUUGGUGGAGGAUCAUCCGCAGGCGAGGUGGGCGACGGGGUGGGAGGAUAGGGGGGAGUGGGUGUUUAAUAAUGCGGGGGGGGCGAUGGGGAGUAUGUUUAUUCUGCAUGCGAGUGUUACAGAAUACCUAAUCAUAUUCGGCUCCGCCAUCGGCACAGAAGGCCACACCGGCCGCCACACCGCCGACGACUACUUCCACAUCCUUACCGGUACCCAAACCGCCUACGAAGCUGGUUCUCUCACAAGGGAGGUUUAUGGGGCUGGGGACGUACAUCAUUUGAAGAGGGGGGUGGUUAAGCAGUAUGCUAUGGAGCCGGAGAGUUGGGCGCUUGAGUAUGCUAGGGGUUGGAUCCCCCUAAUGCUCCCCUUUGGUUUCGCCGACACCAUCUUCUCCACCAUGGACGUCAUCACGCUCUACCAUACUGUGAGGAUUACGGGGAGGGAGAUGAUUGGGAAUCUGUUGGAGGGGAAGAUCUAG